UAUAUGGCAUUAAAUAGACCCGAGGAAAGCAAGUUGGACUUUGUACACGCACGUGGAGCUUUUUAAGAGGAACAUUUCUUGGGAAUGGGAGAAGAAAUUAAAAAGUGUAAAGGCGCCCAAAAGCUUCUUCUUGCGAGAGGUUGAUUGUCAGAGGGAGGGAGGACUGUGCCAAAGUGUGAAUCGAGGAUCCGCUUAUUCAUGCAAAUUCAUCAAAUCAUAGGCGUGCCUUUGAGCGAUGGAGCCGGAAAAGCAACCACCUCCUGGAUCAUGCAGCACCUUCAAAGACUGAUGUGCACGCCUCGGACACUUUCACAGCAGUACUGGAGUGAACGUUUGUGAAGCACAAAGUUAGAUGCUUCACUUUCCACACGUUUGUCUUCUUGACAAGCUGAGCGCUUUCUCCUCUGGGCAAUCGACAAAUCUGCAGCAGUGCCUCUGGGAUUCUGAAACCCACUUGUUGCGUAAAGUAGCCAUUAACUACCCUUUUUGUUGCCUUUUAUUUUUGUCUUUCGCUUCAAAUUGCACUUUUUUUUUUUUUUGACAUGCUGAGAUUCGUUUUUCAUGACGUUGAAGUUAAUACCCGAAACUAAUUCGGUGCGUAAUUACGCAUUUGCUCCAGUUUUGACACUUGGCUUUAAAUCAAAUAAUUCGAGACUUUCCCAGCAUCAACAUGUCCGAGAGCGAUAGUAGCUCUAUCGAAAGGCGUCUUUCCGAAACAGAAAGCGACAGCGUCAGUGUUCUGAGUUGGGAGCAAGUGCAGCGUCUGGACGCGAUUCUGACGGAGACCAUCCCGAUCCACGGACGGGGCAACUUCCCCACGCUGGAGAUGCAGCCCCGACAGAUUGUCAAAGUGGUGCGCAGCCGGAUGGAGGAGAAGCAAAUCCACGUCCGGGACGUUAGGUUAAAUGGCUCUGCGGCCAGCCACAUACUGCACGAAGACAGCGGACUGGGUUUCAAGGACCUCGAUCUCAUAUUUUGCGCAGAUAUGAAAGGUGAACGGGACUUCCAGAUUGUGAAGGACAUUGUUCUGGACUGUCUCCUGGACUUUUUACCCGACUGUGUGAAUAAAGAGAGGAUUACCCCUUUAACGUUAAAGGAAGCCUACGUGCAGAAGAUGGUGAAGGUGUGUAACGACUCGGACCGCUGGAGCCUCAUCUCCCUCUCCAAUAAUCGGGGCAAGAAUGUGGAGCUGAAGUUCGUGGGCUCUCUUCGGCGACAGUUUGAGUUCAGUGUGGACUCCUUCCAGAUCAAGCUGGACUCACUGCUGCUCUUCUACGAGUGCUCAGAGAACGCUAUGACCGCAACCUUCCACCCUACCAUUAUGGGCGAGAGUGUGUAUGGCGACUUUGGCGAGGCCCUGGAUCAUCUACGUCACAAGGUCAUCUGCACCCGGAACCCGGAGGAGAUCCGAGGUGGCGGCCUGCUGAAGUACUGUCACCUGCUGGUGAGGGGUUUCCUGGCGGCAUCAGCGUCUGAGAUGAAGUGCCUACAGCGUUACAUGUGCUCUCGCUUCUUCAUUGACUUCCCUGACAUCGGCGAGCAGCAGCGCAAGCUCGAGUCCUACCUUCAAAACCACUUUGUGGGCCUAGAGGACCGCAAGUACGACUACCUGAUGACGCUCCACGGGGUGGUGAAUGAGAGCACGGUGUGCCUCAUGGGACACGAGAGGAGACAGACCUUAGGGCUCAUAGCCAUGCUGGCAGUGCGUGUUCUGGCUGAGCAGAAUGUCAUUCCCAAUGUGGCCAACGUCACCUGUUACUACCAACCUGCUCCUUAUGUGGCAGACGGUAACUUCAGUAACUACUACAUAGCACAGGUACAGCCCGUGUUUGCCUGCCAGCAGCCUGCCUACUCCACCUGGCUGCCCUGUAACUGAGCCAGUCCAGAGUAUAGAAGAAGAAGGAGGAGGAGGAGGAGGUAGCUUUGUUUGAACAGGAGCACCGUUUCCACCACAAACUUACCCAGUGUUUGAUGGCUGUCAGCAAAGGGGGUCUUUUUUUUUAAUGUUUUGCAUCAAAGCUCAUUUUUUUUUUGUUCAUACAUUGAGUAUGAAUGAUAGAUAACAAAAGAGUCAAUUUUCAGUCAAUGUGAAUCGCUCACGUUUCUUGAAAUACCAACCCCGCCUUUAUAAUAUAUCAAAAGUGAGACUUUGGCUCAUGCAAUUGGCAGAUCAGUCAAGAAGUGAGCAGCAAAAUCUGAAAAUUUGAGUUGAAAGUAACUGUGGCCCAGCUCAAGGGGGGAGUACACCUCACCCCACCACCCCUGCUCUCAGUGUGUAUGUGUGUGUGGGGGGGGGUCAAAAGAAUCUCCAGGGCACUCAAAUAGAGCACACGAUAUUCUGCUCUAUUCUCAGCUGGAACGCUGCUAUUUGAAUUACUUUUAUUAUUCAACUAGCAUCUCUUUUGCAUUUGGUAUAAAUAUGGUUGUUGCAGACCAAAGAUUUUAGAUUGUUUUUGACAUUAAAACCCUAUUUUUUAAAUGGGGAAUUAAAUAAAAGAUCUGUCUUUUUGUAUAUGUGAACGUGUUUAAGUGCCUUUCAGUGGGCAGAAAAAAGAAAGAGCAGCCCAUUUAUUGUUUGAAUUUGCUUUUUUUAGUGCAGCAAAUGACACAACGGUACCAGGAAGGAUUGAGAAUGUGUGACAAUGUGCGAGUAUAUUCUUAAACCGCAUCAUCAUUUUUCACACAUCACACUUGAAUGCUGUUAUUGUUGUCAGUAUCAUCGGAAAACCUCAACUGAAGGUUAUCUGUGUGUUUUGGAAGUAAAGGGCUGAUCUUUGCUCACCUGGGGAAAAACUACAUGUGCAGAGUUCACACAGGUCAGAGGUCAAUAGCCACUUUAAUAGCAUAUACUGCCAUAUGCCAUCCGACUCCAUCAGGGAGUGCAGUAAUUCUGUUAGUCUUUAACAUUAUUUUACUUGUAAUCAAUAGAAAGUGGACAAUCAUUGCUCAUCUGUAUAUAUAAUGGAAUAUAUUGUGUCAUGGCUCCAGUUUCCAUAUGACCAAUGAAAUAGCGUUUUGUGUAGUUCUCAACCUAAAACAGCAAUGACAACAGACUCCUUGGCGAUGCUACGUCGGAAAGAGAGCAAAGGCUGCGUUCUGAGAGUCAGACAGAGAACUUGAAGAAUAUUUACCGUGACACCUCAGAUGAUGAGACACUAUUUGCUGUAGCACCCUGACAGGGAAUUCCUCAGCUGCUGCUCAAGCACUCCAGCUCAGUCUGCUGCUGCAGACACUCUUUUGAAGGCUCCAAAAAAAAAAAAAAAGGGCUGCCCAAUACUUUGCUGAUCAACCGUGGUAACAUAUACAUUGAUUAAAGGCAUUGGUUUGGGUAGAGAAAAUGAAUGUGUAGCUACAGAUAAUGUGUGGUUUCAGAUGGCAGCAAAAAAGGAAGAAAGAAAAACUUGAGGGAGAAGGAAAUGUAGCAGGAGAGAAUCAGUCUGGAGAAAUGGGUGCAGCUGGUGAUGGGGUUGAUCUCUAAGGCUAUGCUUCACUGUGCAAACUGAAUCACAAUUUAAUGACAGUGCUGCCCCUCCUUUUUUUAUUCAGGAGACAUUGUGCUAUUUUUACCUUCAGAUUGUUUUGUUUUUUUUGUCAAAAAAAACAAAAACAGGAAAUUACAACAGAUGUUUGAGUUGAAAGGUGUUACAAGUGUCUCUGCUUAAUCAAUGUCGCUAAUUCUUCAUUCUGCCGCAUUAUAAAACAACUUUGUACAUAUAUGAAUACGUGCUCCGGGGUGGCCAAUUCACUCAUGCUGCAGCUUUUUUUGGUAUGACUAAAAAAGUCAGUUGUGACUUUUGAAUUGCAGUCAAGCCAUAAAUCAUUCAUUCUGUCUAAGACAUUUUUUUUUACAUUUCUUUCUUGUCAGUGAUUGUCUUUAAUGAUAAAUCUUUGGAUUGUGCAGGCAUUGUAUUACCCUUUUUCUACUCAGUGAUUAUUUGCCAGCUUGCUAGCUCCAGUCUGCCUGUCCAGUAAUGAGUGUGCCUAUCAGUUAAAGAUUGUGGAUUACUGGAUUGUUCCGUAUGCAUCGGUUCAAACAUGUUCAUUAUGAUGCAUUCUUUGACAGAACGAAGAUAACCAUCCUUGUCUUGUAUGUGUAUUUUUUUUUAUGAGUGGUUUUUUGUAUAUAGAAAUGUAUCAAAGACUGCGUAUGUUUAAAUCUGUGAUUGGACUUAUAUGGAUAUAUGUUCUCAAUUGCUUUUUGCGAUGUUAUGUUGUGUGUCCAAUGGGUCCAAAUUUAACAAUGUUUUCAUCAAUAAAAUACUAUAUGAAAAUCCGA